ACAGCGCGCAAAUCUGCCUCUGAGCCUCUGGGAAAUAUGCAUCCUAACUUAGUGAGCUGGCUGGGGACUCUGGGGUUCCUGCUAUGGGCGCUGCUGUGCCUGGGCGCCCUGACGGAGGGAUACCCGGUGAAACCGGAGAACCCGGGGGAUGAUGCCCCAGCGGAGGAGCUGGCCAAGUACUACUCAGCCCUGAGACACUACAUCAACCUCAUCACAAGACAGAGGUAUGGAAAAAGGUCCAGUCCCGAGAUUCUGGACACACUGGUCUCAGAGCUGUUGUUAAAGGAAAGCACAGACACUCUCCCACAGUCAAGAUAUGACCCAUCAUUGUGGUGAUCAUCGGUGUUGGCUCCACGUCAUAGCUGCCCCGCUGCCACUGACAUUCUGACCUCUGCACAUCUGUCACCACAUACCCUCCUACACCAAACGACCACCCUGCCUCUGCCCCUUUUACCUCUAUGAGCCGCCACGUAUACUCAACCCCUCCUCCUCAACCAUCAGCUACAACUGCUUCAAGUAUGUGCCAUAAAAUUGUAAAUAGUUUAUUCAGAGUUCUCAUCUGUGAAACAUAAAAGUUAAGUGGGGGAGGGCAUGUUGAUUGUAUUGU